AUGUCACCUGUCAACUUCGAUGCUGCUCUUAACAACGGUAGCUUACAGCAACAACAACAACAACAACAACAGCAGCAGCAGCAACAGAAAGCACUUGUGGGCAGACCAUUAGAUCUGGAAGCUCUCGACGAGGUCAAGACCAAGAUUGGGCAAAUCGAUAUCUACGACGCGCUAUCCGAAAAUGAAAGCGAUGUCGAAGUUUACAAAGCCACAUUCAAGUUUUCAAAGAAUAUCGCCAAACCGCAAGAGGUCAUAACUGGUCGACCAGGUCCCAACCUGCAGGCCACUGAUAAUUUGAAGGAAGUCGCGAAGGCUACGGAAACCGAAUGCGUUUUGAAAGGACGGGAAAUUCAUAUCGAAGGAUAUGAUAAGGAUCAAGUUGAAGAUGCUGUGCAACGCUUCCAAAAUAUCCAGACUCUCUACAAACGUGGCCGUCGUCCAGUCGACGUUGUACCGUGCGUUCACUACCCCACCAACUCACCUUACUAUGGCUUGUAUUUCUGCAACUUGAACCGAUACGCGCAAAAAGAAUACGUCGACUUGCUUUAUUCCGACUCAUUGCGGCCCAUGCACGUUCUCUUGCCAGUUUUUAAAAACCCGGAAACUGGCCAGUUUCAAAAACCAAAGGAUUUGCUUGACGCACCGGCCCGACAAGGGCCUAUGCCACCGCCCGUGCAGGCACCAACUCCUCCUCGGCCCCUUUGGGUUCAACCUCAACAACAGCCUCAGCCUCAACGUCAAACAAUGUCUCACAGUCCAAAUCCUGCCAAUACCAGUACACCCGUAACGCCUGAAGCGCCUCUUUGGGGCGAAAACCGAGGCUUUAUCAAUAACUAUGCUCCACCUUCAUAUACUCCAUCAUCGCCAUCCUCUACCUCUCCAACUACCCCUUCUCCUUCGAAUUCAAUGUCGUAUCAGCAACAACAAAAGCAACAACCUCGAUCGCCUGAGGAAGACUUCCCAGCAUUGCCAGGCGCUCCGCGUAAGGCAUAUGUGCCUGUCAGAGAAGCAUCAGGCCAACCUCAACAACGUCGUAUUCUACGGCUAACGAAUCAAAAAAACACGCCUGAGCCAUCGCAACCCGAACGAUCACUCUUAGAAAUGGCCAAGGAGUAUAACCUGCAUAACAUCCAAACUGCUUUGACGGACGGAUUGGAAGGUUUACGUAGUUUCAAGGGUGAAAUUCGACUAGAAGCAAAGCUUGGCAAGGUGUUAUGGACAAAUCUUUCCAACGAAAUCCAGAAGAAGAUCUGGGAGUUUGGAGAUAUCAAAGACCUUGUUGUCAAAGAGCACGGUGUCAAGCCUGUAUUCAAUGACGUUACAACCGCCUCUGAGGAUAUCAUUGCAACCAUUUCCGAUAUUUUACCCCGACCAUUCAGGCAUACUGGAUUCUUUGAAAUUCAUUGUCAAGCACGUAACCAGCCUGCCCUUGAGUACAAGCCUGUAGUGAUGAUCAUGAACCAAGGCAUUGUUGAACUAAAGAAAGUGAUCACUCGUCAACAAAAGGUCACUGAGAUUGACUGGGUGUCUUUGGAUCGAAAGUUCGACUUUCAGAUGUCGCUAUCUACGCAAGAGCUAUGUCGGGUAGACGUGAAGCCGUACAACACCUUUAUUAAGAAAGUUGCAGUAUGCCCCAUCACGAACCAAAUGACCUUUGAAAACGUUCGCGAUUUUCUGAAGGUCGACCAUAUCCUGCACAAACAGAAGACUGUAUACCGGAUCCACUUCCCGUUUGUCAUUGAAAUUACUCGCGUUGAGCGUGUGCCGCUACGACCUCAGCCCAAUGCUGGCUAUGGCGUUGAAAAGAUUGCAGGGUUGACCGGCAAGGGCCAGGUCUGGUAUGAUCUUCAGGUGUUUUACACAAACCACGAUGAGCCUUUCCGAACCAACUUGAAUAUCACGGCCGGUCAACUGGCGUCAUGGACCGUUGCUGACAUUCUCGGACCAGAAGAGCAACCCCAGGCCUUGAUUGAAUAUAUCAAAUGUCUCUUGGUUCUUACCGAAAAAUGUGAACCCUUGUUCUCAUAA